GCUGUCAACUAGGUGGGAAUCAAGCAGUGUAACCAUUACACCAUCUACUGGUCCCCAUCAAUCUUUAUUUUGACAGGGUACUGUGACCUUUGAAGAUGUGGCUGUGUACUUCUCCUGGGAGGAAUGGGGUCUCCUGGAUGAGUCUCAGAGAUCCCUGUACCGUGAUGUGAUGCUGGAGAACUUGGAACUUUUAACCUCUCUGGGUUGUUGGCGUAAAGUGGUGGAUGAGGAGGCAUCUUCUGAGCAGAGCAUUUCUUUAGGAAUGUCAAAGAACAGGACUUCAAAGGGAGAUCUGUCUCCCCAAGAGGUCUCCUGUGAGAUGUGUAGCCCAAUCUUCAGAUACAGUUUGCACUUGGCUGAGCCCCAGGGGACACAUCAAGGGAAGAAAGUUCAUAGGUGUUGUAGGGCAUGUUGGAAACAAUUGUAUGUCAGUGCAGAUGAUACUCAGCACCAGAAGCAGGACACCAGAGAGAAAUACUUCAGAAGCGACAUGGAUAAAGCCUUGUUUGUGAAGAGUUGCAAAUUCCAUGGGUCAAAGGAGACUUUCACCUGCAAGGAAGUUAGGAAGGAUUUCUUGAUCGGAUCAAGAUUUUUCCAUCAACAGACUAUAUGCACUGGGAAUCAGUCAAACAGCAAAGAGAAUUGUGGGGCUGUUUGUCACAGAGAAAAAAUCCAUUACAGCUGUGUAGAAAGCACCAAAGCCUUCCGAUCCAAACACACACCUGUUCAGCAACAGAGAACCCUCACUAGAGAAAAAUGUUACAUGUGUAAUGAAUGUGGGAAAUCCUUUAGCAAAAGCUACAGCCUCAAUGACCACUGGAGAGUUCACACUGGAGAAAAGCCUUAUGAAUGUGGGGAAUGUUGGAAAUCUUUUAGGCAAAGCUCCAGCCUUAUUCAACACCGGAGAGUUCACAGUGGAAUACGACCUCAUGAAUGUGAUGAAUGUGGAAAACUAUUUAGCAACAAGUCCAACCUUAUUAAACAUCGGAGAGUUCACACUGGAGAAAGGCCAUAUGAGUGCAGGCAGUGUGGGAAAUCUUUUAGUGAAAGCUCUGCGCUUCUUCAGCACCAGAGUGUUCACACUGGAGAAAGGCCUUAUGAGUGCAGUGAAUGUGGGAAAUUCUUUACCUAUCAUUCCAGUCUCAUAAAACAUCAGAAAGUUCAUAGUGGAUCAAGGCCUUAUAAGUGCAGUGAAUGUGGGAAGUCAUUUAGCCAAAACUCCAGCCUCAUUGAACACCAUAGGGUUCACACUGGAGAAAGGCCAUUUAAGUGCAGUGAAUGUGAAAAAUCCUUUAGCCAAAGCUCUGCACUACUUCAACAUCGGAGAGUUCACACUGGAGAAAGACCUUAUGAAUGCAGUGAAUGUGGGAAAUUCUUUACCUACAGCUCCAGCCUCCAAAAACACCAGAGAGUUCACACUGGAUCAAAGCCUUAUGAGUGCAGUGAAUGUGGGAAAUCCUUUACUCAAAACUCCAGCCUCAUUAAGCACAGGAGAGUUCACACUGGGGAAAGGCCAUAUGAAUGCACUGGCUGUGGGAAAUUCUUUAGCCAUAGCUCUAGCCUCAUUAAACACCAGAGAACUCAUAGUCAUUAAAAGCCUGAUGGGUACAUAUGUAGGAUAUCCUUUAAAAUCCUAGAGAAAUUUCUUAUGAGUACUGUAUAUUUGAGAAAGCCUUUAGCUAAAGGCUUUACCUCAUUAGGUACCACAAAAUUUACAUGAGAAAGAAAAUGCCCUUGAUAUGCAAGGAUACACUAUUCCCUUGUGCAAUGUAACAAUUCUGAAGGAGAGCCCAUGUGAGAGUGCUAUCUGCUUGAAUUAAACAUCAUAUAACCAAACUCCAUUUAAUUCCAACUGUAUGAGAGGUACAUUACACUUUUAACCUGACCAGUGCCCUUGCCAGACUUAUGUCAUUGCCAAUUCUAAAGCAGAAGCCAUUUUCUUGUACUAUGUGGCUGGUGCCCAGUGUAUUCAGGUAAGUUAACCUCAGUGUUCUCCCAGCCAUAGGACGAAUUCUUGACUUGAGCAUUUGUUCCUUUUUCAUUUCUUCCUCUUUGAUGAAUUAGUGUGGACCUGACCCACUUUGGUAUAGAGGACUCUACUGGGGACUUGAAAACAUGGACUGCCUUUUUCAAGGAUCUUGUGGGUUCACAUGAUGCCUUUGAUAGAAUUUUUUAGCCUCCAAGUCAUUAACUCUGAGACCAGUCUACCUACUAUUGCUCUGGUUUGCAUAAUAAAGAUAUUAUUUUUAAAAAUUAAUUAAUUA